AUGUCCCGCCGCUUCUUCGCUUCAGCGACUGAGCUGCGUCCAAGGAAACAGCUGAAGAGAAAAAAUCAUUUUGCGACAGCAGGCCUUCCGCUUGUGCUUUUUAUUGUCGGAGGAUAUGUGGCAUUGACGCAGUUUGUCGGUGGUAAAUAUGAGGCAAGAGAUCACAUGGUUAAAAGUCAGUCUGAACACACUUUUAAUUUGGAGGAAGAGCACAAGAAAAUGACGCAAAAAUUAGCAUUGGACGAUUUUGAGCUCAAACCCGUCCCAAAACCAAAAGACCCGUAA